UGGCUCUCUCAGUGUCCUGGAGUUUGUAGUGAACUAGUCUACCGUCUUGUUUCAUGGCUCUCUCAGUGUCCUGGAGUUUGUAGUGAACUAGUCUACCGUCUUGUUUCAUGGCUCUCUCAGUGUCCUGGAGUUUGUAGUGAACUAGUCUACCGUCUUGUUUCAUGGCUCUCUCAGUGUCCUGGAGUUUGUAGUGAACUAGUCUACCGUCUUGUUUCAUGGCUCUCAGUGCUGGACUAUACUUUCUGACCCUGAAUGGACAUCUUGAUAUUUGUCGAGUAGACCAGUAAGUUCUUCUCUCAGCUCACCGCCAUGUCGGCCUCCCAAUUUGACGAUCUAUUGGGCGACUUUGGCGACUCCACUUCUUCUUCUUCAGUCAAAGCCACGGCUAAUGGUAACGUGGACGAGUUUGACCCUUUCGGCCCUUCCGGGGCAGAACAGACCACCAACGGCGGGGAUUCUGGAUUAUUGGUGGACUUUUCCAUAGAUACAGAGGUCAGAAAUGGAGAUUCCAGUAAUGGUCUAGACUUUGACUUCCACGGCACAUCUUCCGAGACCGGCUCGGCCAAUCCACUCUACGACAUGUCCACCAACGGGGCGCAGUCUUCCAAUCCCCUGUACGAUCUGUCCUCCUCCAACCCCUUGUACGACUUCUCCAUGGAGGACUCCAACCAGUCGGCUAACCCGCUCUACGACAUGGGCACGGACAUUGCUGGCAGCCCCCAGCCUUCCAACCCGUUGUACGACCUGGAGGGGGACAGCAGCGGCCAGGACUUUGACGGGACCAACGAGGAGCAGGAGCAGUACAGCGAAGACCAUGGGGAGCAGUUUGAGGAGCAGCGCCACGAAGAAAACACCUUCUUGCAGGCAUCAGUUCCAGACGUGGUCCAAGAGGAAGUAACUGUUAUCACUCAGGAUGGUGCUAGUGAAAAUGUUGAUCAAGGGGAACAAAUAGAGCUGGAAGACUCUAGAAAUGUUGAACAGGAUCAGUACGACCAAUUCGAAACAGAACAAAUAGAACAGGAACAAGUCGACCAAGUUGAGACAGAACAAGAGGUUCCAUUAGAACAGGAACAAGUUGACCAAGUUGAGACAGAACAAGAGGUUCCAUUAGAACAGGAACAAGUCGACCAAGUUGAGACAGAACAGAACGAAGACAUCGAGCAGGACCAAACCGAGCAUCAGGAUGAAGUUGCUCAGGGAGACGAUUCUGGACACAAUGAACAGUUUGUUGCAGAAGAACUUCACGAACCGUCCCUAAUUCCUUCUGUAGAGAUCACCCAGAGCCCAGACAACGAAGAUAUGCAGCAGGCCGAGCUGGCCGGACACGAGGAGCAUUCCGUCAGCGAGGAACACGACUACUACGAAGCCACCGGGGGCGAAGACAGCAGCUCGGCCAUCGGUUACCAUGAUAAACUGACCCCGCCGGAGAACUAUGGCCACGACCGCAGGGAAGAGGACCUGGAGAACUACUGCAUGGACAGAGAGGAGUCUGACCUGAUGGAAGAGCAGGACAGCAGCGAGACCCAAUGCAGCCUGAAGCCCAGGGAGGAGAGGAGCCGUUCACCCAGCAGAAGCAUCGGCCCAGAUCUUCAGGAGGAAAGCGACGUAUCUGAAGAGCUGGACACACUGAGGCCGAGGGGAGACAGAAGUCACGCUCCCAGCAGAAGUCUGGAACCGGAAGUCAGACAUGAGAAUACCGCCGAGGAGGAGGAAAUCAUCCAAGAUGGACGCACCAUCUCCAAAACAACACGCACUGAGAACAGAUACUCUGAUUCUGGGUACACACAGUCCAAUCAGUGGGAGGAACAAAGAAAUGAACAAAAUGUUGAACAGGACAGACAAACAGAACAAGACGUGAUACAUUUUACUGAAAUGUCUUCAGUGAAAAAUAAGUUUGAGUCCCAAGCACCCCCAGCAGAACACAAAAGAGCUGAUAUUAGAGAAGAAGUAAUGUCUUCUGAAGGUGGUGUCUAUGAGAGCCAGCCUCAGAGCUUCCAGCAGUGGCAGAAUGAGGAGGAAGAAGAGGAAGGAGUCUACGAGAGCACACCAGCCCCCCGCCCUGAUAUUGCAAGAGAGGCAGAUAAAGACCUCACAGCUGAUCUUCCACCUGUGGGCACAGCUCAGAGCAUUCGUGCUAAGUUCCUGGCCAGUACCUCACAGGACAACACGCCCAAGAAACGGGAGGUUACUCCACCUGCACAUGGCUCUGGUGGGGAGUAUGUGUCAGAGCCUAGAGGUUAUAUUGAGAAAUAUGAGGGCAAAGCUGAUGCCGGCGUCUUCGAGAGCCAGCCUGUUGCUAAUCCUGAUGUUGUGACCUCAACAACAGCAUUAGAGGAUCCCAAGCCGGAACACGGCUUUGCUAAAAAUGUGGCAGCUAAAUUUAAAGAGCUAGAAAACAAAAAAGGUACCUACACACCUACCAACAAACGAGAGCUGACCCCUGACAGAUCUGGAAGGAUCGAAUAUGUGUCAGAACCACGGGGCCAGUUUGAAAGAUACGAGGGCAGGGCUGAAUCAGGAGUGUUUGAAAGUCAGCCGGCCGUGAAUCCAGAUGUAAUUAGGUCAGGGGAAGAGGUGAGAGAAGAGCUUCCAGAAAGAGGCACAGCUAAAAACAUUGCUCAGAAGUUCCGUCAGAUCAGUUCCGAACCUGCCACAUCUACUUCCAGAGGUAAAAGAGAGUUAACGCCAGACAAGUCAGGACGUGUGGAAUAUGUGAGUGAGCCAAGGAGUCAGAUGGAAAUGUACGAAGUCAAAGUAGACUCAGGUGUCUUUGAAAACCAACCCCAACGAAAUCCUGAUGUAGUCACUUCUGAAACAAGUAAUGAAGAAUAUCUUCCUGAAAGGGGAUAUGCUAAAAAUGUUGCUGCCAAGUUCAAAUCUCUGGAAUCCAAUGCUAAAUCCCCACCCUUGUCUCCUGGGAGACAUAAAGAGUUUACUCCCCCCAGAGAAGAAGAACGAGCCAGACAAGCUGUUGUCCUGGAGAACACUCCUGAUUUCAAAACAGAGAUCAUCCAUUCUGGUGACCAGUUGGAAGAGAAGCUCCCAGAGAGAGGCACAGCCAAAAAUAUUGCCCAGCGUUUCAAGCAGUUAGAGUCUGAGAGCAAGAGCCCCAGUGCCCCAAGACAGAAGAAGGACUUCACCCCACCACCCCAUGAUGCUGGCGUGUACGAGAAUCAGCCCAAGCAGUUCCAUGCAGAUUACAAUAGGCCAGCAGAAUCUGGAAUCCUGGAAAACACUCCCAUUGUUAGAGAUGAUGUUAUCAAAGCAACAGAACCCAGGCGGUAUGAAGAGGAACUGCCGGAAAGGGGAUCGGCAAGGAACAUGGUCAAUAAGUGGAAACAAUUGGAGACUGCUAAAUCUCCAGGCUCAACUGGUCGUCCUAAAGAGUUCACUCCUCCCAGAGAAGAACCUAGGAUAGCUCAGCAAAGAAACCCCAAGUCACCAAGAACCCCACUGUCCCCUAGUGGAUAUGACCAGCUGGACAAUGGGUCUGUUCAUCCGAGAGACUUGCCUGGGCAGUACCAGCCCCUGAAUGAGCCGACCGUCUUUGAGUCCACCCCUGAAGUGCGGGAAGGAGUCCUGAAGGAAUCCGACACUGACUGGACUGAGGGUAUGCCCAAGAAGGAUCAGGCCAAAAAGAUGCUGGCCAAAUUCCAGCACAUUCAAGAAGAGGCCAAAAAACAGUCACCUGUUCCUGUGUCCCGCAAGGAAGAAGCGGAAGUAGAAACUAAACGCAAAACUCCCAGGAAGGACUCAACGUACUCAGAGGGUAUCGAAACAGAAAGUGAUCACACCAUGGAAAAUGACAAUGUUAAGAAUGACAUCGGAGACAAGGUGGGCCGGAGCAAGAGCAUGAGGGCUGCCAUUCAGACAGAGAAAUGCGGGGCAUGUGACAAAACAGUGUAUGCCAUGGAGCGGCUGGAGAUGAACAAACGGGUCUACCACAAAGCCUGUUUCAGGUGUACACAAUGCAAAGCUGUACUGACGCCAAAGACGUUCGCAAUCAAUAAUGAGGUUAUAUUUUGCACUAACCACUAUAAACAACUAUUUGCCACCAAAGGAAACUAUGAUGAGGGCUUCGGGCGUGUUCAGCACAAGAAACGUUGGAGCAGUAACCCCAAUCUACAUGAGCGGGAGGGGGAGGAAGAUGGCAAACACACAGUCAAGUCAUAGUGAUCCAGCACAUUACCUUAGCCUUAGUAGAAUAGUUCAUUUCUCAUCUUGAGUGUCCCAUUUAGAUUCAUCAGCUGAACUCAUUGUUUUUUUUUUCCCUUGGAAUGAAAACCAGAAUAGUUUAAAACUGGAGAAAAAAACAACAUAAAAUGCGGUCAAGAGAAAACAUUGAGCUCAGUUGAUCCUAUUGGUUUGUUGUAAUUGUGUUAAAAAGACCUGAGGUUGAGGACAACUCUUGUCAUGGUCUGACCCAUGCAUUUAGUUGAGUAAGCUGUCCUAAAUACACUUUCUGAUGUACACAUCAUAGGUCAAAGAGAUUUGAGUACUAAGUUAGAUCAUUGUUCCUAUAUGUGUACAUGUUUUAAAAUUCUCUUGUUGGAAAUGACAAACUGUUAAGUCAUGCUCUCAAUUAUGAAUCAAAAGUAUCAUGCAUUAUUAAUGCCAGUUUGCCAGAUAAAAUAAAAUGUAAGUUUAUUUCUAGAGAACAGUGUUGAGUUUUGUGUCCAAAAGAUUGCAAUACAGUAGUAUUGGAGUUCCUUUAUUUGCCAGUUGGUCCUCUAUAAAGCCACUUCUAAAACUCUCUAAGUACUUGUUGAUAUAUAUAAGAGCUUCUUCUAUAUAUUGCAGUAAUAACAUCUUAUUACUGGAGUUCAUGUUAUUUGUAUUACAUGCUCAACAAUUAUUUUUCUUUACAAUCAUUUAAUGUAAUGUGACUUUUGUAAGGAUCAAGUAUGGACUUUGUCAAACAAAUAUCAAAUAGGGAGAUUUUGUUUCAUGUGACAUUUAUUUAUUUCCUGUGAUGUUUCUUUUUGUUAUGUAGACAAACCUAAUAGCAGUUCACCUUGUAUGUGUGUACAUAAUGGUUAGCACUAUAGACGAUUUCUGCUUGUUAAUUUACAAAAACUGAUUAACAGGUGUGUUUUGAAACUUUUUUUGUGUGUAAAAUCAAAACUUAAUUUUGGUGCCUUUUUAAUCCUGACACCAAAAACUUGUUUUGUGUGAAUGAAUGAAAAAAAACAAACACCCUCAACCAAACAUUUCGUUGGUGGCAAAUAAGUGUUGGGUUUAUGAAUACUUUUGUACUUUAUUAUUAUUGUUGUUGUUGUUCACUACUGCACUAAUGAUUUGCCUGCUUUGAAAGUGAAUGAUGGUCUUGCUGACCCAGGCAGUUGUUUCUUUUUUGCUGACCUGAAGCCAGGUGGCAUGUGAAUGUGUGGCUUUUUUUUUUUUUUCAUUUCUUUGUUGGCAGUAUUACCAGUGUAACUGUCAACACAGCAUAAUUUGCAUUGCAUCAUCUCUACUCACUCAACAUAGUCUAGAGAUUCAUCGUUUCUUUGUAUAUAAUCUAAUACAAAAUAUACAUACAUAUAUAUAACAUACUAUAAAUAAUCUUUUUUUAGGGACAUAUUUUUAAAAAUGGAAUUUUUAUUAUGAUGAACAAAAAAUGUCAAGUAUUAUAUACAAUAUAAAAAAAAACAACACAAAAGUAUUUAUUUUAAUUCUUCUCAUUUCUGUACAAAGAUGUUUUUGUUUUCAUUGUUCUGUGUGUGCUUGAAAACAUUCAUUUAAUAAUAAGAGAAACUAAUAUCUACUUAACAUUCAAGGUAGGAAUUCAAUAAUUUCUUUAAAAAUGAUUCAAAUUAUGUGAAUGGUGUGGUUAAAUUAUGGAAAACAAAGUUGCUAAAACUGUAUUUGUAAGCCCUGUAUAAUUAAAACAUUUAUUUAAAUUUGUUACAAUGAUUACUACAAUUUUAAAAUUUUGUUUUGUUUUAAUGUCUUUUUGUCCUGUAAAGUUAAAUUCCUGAUGUAAAAAAAAAUGUAUCAGCUGAGCACGUUUUCUUGAUUAGAGAAUUAAAACCUGCAUAAUGUUAUGAGGCUGCUCAUUGUUUUGUGUUCAGAGAUGACUUCACAUUCUGCAUGCAUCACACACUGAACUUUUUGAUCCAGAGACUUAAAGCAAGCUCUGGUCGCUUAUGACAAGGAGAUGUCAACCCCAGCCAAAUAAUGCACUGUGGUGUCAGACUUUCAAUUACACUGUUUAGUGCAUUCACCAAAAUGUUAACAAACAUUUGUAUUUCACUUGAUCAAUUUUAGUUUUGUCAUUUCUAACUCUUCUUAAUUUUGUAUCAAAUAAUAAUUCAUUCUCUUCAAACUACUGCAAAUAAAACAUUGAUAAAAGCUU